CUCUCACUUCCGGUGGAGGAUUUACAUGUUGAGCGCCGCGCUAACAACAGAGGCUACAGGGCUCGGUUAGAGGUCGCUUUUGAGCUGCAUCGCAAGGAAGCCGUCACACUGAAGUCCCUGCUAGAUGACUGAAGCACCUUCAGUACUUCCUGUAGCUCUGAAGCUCUCAUCCAUCCAUCCAUCCAGCCGGACGCUUGUGCUGACAGCUGCWCCGCCACAUCCGGACUCGUGCCGAUAGAGCCAAGAGGUCCACCUUGAGGUCUUUAAAACUGAAUUAAAAUGUCACCUGGACCUCCACCCUGAGGAGCAGUCACAUAUUGCUCAAGCAGCGAGAGGAUUUAUCAGCUGAGAACCGGUUCAUCCUUCUGCUUCACCACAGUUUGCACAUCUUAACUACCUCAUCUGUCUUUUCUCCCUGAUGGUGAAAGCUGGCUCUGUUUACCAAAGGUGGUGCUUGAUUUUCUCCAUCACCUCGAAGCUUCUUCCUCGUUUUGUUUUUCUCUCUUAAAAUUGAGCAAAGAUGACUUCAGAGUGGGGGGAGAAAUCCACUGCAGAACUUAUGAGCAGGUACGUCUCCAAAGAACCGGGUCACGGSGUUCCCAAAGAAGGUUGGAGGAUCUGUUUGGCGCACGAGUUCAAGGAGAAGAGGAAGCCUUUUCAGGCGAACAACGUCUCGCUGUCCAACGUCUGGAACCACAUCGGCCUCGGAGUCAGGUAUCUAAUAUGGUGGUACAAGAAGACCCAAGUGGAGAAGAAGGCUCCGUUCAUCGACAUGUUUCGUGCCCAGCCUUUGCGUCAAAUAUACGGAGCUCCACUCGGUGGGAUUGGAGGCGGGACCAUUACGAGGGGCUGGAGGGGGGAGUUCUGCAGAUGGCAACUUAACCCUGGAAUGUAUCACUUCAAAACCGUCAUAGCCAACCAGUUCACAGUAUGUUUGCGUCGUGGGGGACAAACGGUUUACCAGCAGGUGCUGUCUGUGGAGCGUCCCCCCACGUUACAAGGCUGGAACUGGGGCUUCUGUGGGGAGUACGCCUUCUAUCAUGCUCUGUACCCUCGCGCCUGGACUGUUUAUCACCUGCCGGGUCAGAACGUCACCCUCACCUGUAGGCAGAUUUCCCCCGUCAUCCCUCAUGAUUACCAGGAUUCCAGUCUUCCAGUGGCAGUGUUUGUUUGGGACGUAGAGAACAAAAAUGACUAUGAUCUAGACGUCUCCAUCAUGUUUACAAUGGUCAACGGAUCAGGACACAAGGACGACAAAAGCGGGGGACACUGGAACGAACCGUUUCACCUGGAAAAGGACGGGGAGGCGGUGUCUGGAGUCCUGCUACAUCACUGCACUACAGUAAACCCUUACACCCUGUGCAUUGCAGCCCGAGAACAGCCGGACAGGGAGGUCAGCCACCAGACAGCAUUCAGUCCAAAGGGAACCUGCAGAGAUCUAUGGAACGACCUCAUCACUGACGGACGACUGGACUCUCCCACAGGAUCCAGUCCGCCCACACUGAAGGGGGAAAAGGUGGCAGCUGCCUUAGCGGUGGGCUGCCUGGUGCCCGCUCACAAACACAACAGCUUGGAGUUCUGCCUGGCCUGGGACAUGCCCAAAAUAACAUUUGGCUCAGGAGAGAGGGAACACUUCAGRAGAUAUACUCGUUACUUUGGGAUCAAAGGGGAUGCUUCUCCUUCACUGAGUCAUUAUGCACUAACACACUACAAACAGUGGGAGAGCAGCAUCGAGGAGUGGCAGAAACCCAUAUUACAGGACAGCUCUCUCCCAUCCUGGUACAAGUCGGCUCUGUUCAACGAGCUGUACUUUGUGGCGGACGGAGGAACCGUGUGGGUGGACCUGUCAAAGGACGAUGACGUCAGCGGCGGCGUGCGCAGCGAGGACGGGGGUCUGCCCGCUCAGCCUGCUGUCGUCAAGGAGUACGGACGUUUCGCUUACCUAGAAGGUCAAGAGUACAGAAUGUACAACACAUACGAUGUGCACUUCUACGCCUCYUUUGCUCUUAUCAUGCUGUGGCCCAAACUAGCCCUGAGUGUGCAAUAUGACAUUGCUGGCAGUGUGGUUCAGCAAGACCUGACAGAGAGGCUMCAUCUGAUGAGCGGGCUGCGCUCUCCUGUUAAAACCAAAAAUGUGGUGCCUCAUGACGUAGGAGACCCAGACGACGAGCCCUGGCAGAGAGUGAAUGCCUACCUCAUCCACGACACUGCAGACUGGAAGGACCUGAACCUGAAGUUUGUCCUGCAGGUCUACAGGGACUUCCAUCUGACUCUGGACAGACAGUACCUGCAGGACAUGUGGCCCAUCUGUCAGGCUGUGAUGGAGUCAGAGAUAAAGUUCGAUCAGGAUGGAGACGGGCUGAUAGAAAACUCAGGAUAUGCCGAUCAGACGUACGACGGCUGGACAGUAACUGGACCGAGUGCAUACUGUGGUGGGCUGUGGCUGGCCUCCCUGUGUGUGAUGUGUAAAAUGGCCAGACUUCUGGAUGAAAGUGAAGAAUACCAGCAUUACAAAGACUUUUUGGACAGAGGCAGAGCUGCGUUCGACAGAUUGUUGUGGAACGGGAAGUACUACAACUAUGACAGCAGUGGGAGACAGCUUUCUAACAGCGUCAUGUCUGACCAAUGUGCCGGUCACUGGUUCCUCAAAGCCUCUGGGCUGGGAGAUGAAGAAUAUCAGGUUUUUCCUAAAGAAAAGAUUCAGAGUGCACUAAAAUCUGUCUUUGACUUGAACGUGAUGAGCUUCGCUGACGGCCAGAUGGGAGCUGUUAACGGCAUGCGCCCCGAGGGUGUGCCCGACCGCUCCAGUGUCCAGUCGGACGAGGUCUGGAUUGGAGUGGUGUAUGGACUGGCAGCUACUAUGAUCCAUGAGGGUAUGUGGGCAGAGGGUAUGCGAACGGCGGAGGGUUGUUACCGAACAGUUUGGGAAAGGUUGGGCAUGGCCUUUCAGACYCCGGAAGCCUACUGCGAGAAGAACAUCUUUCGCUCCCUGGCCUACAUGAGGCCCCUCAGUGUUUGGGCCAUUCAGCUCGCCGUGAACAUGUCUCAGGAGGUUUCAACUGCAGCAGCUAAAACUGAAGACAACAAAACCUGAGUCAUCUAACGAUGUGGACGCUGGAGAGAAAUGGAGCAAGACCCAGUAAAAACAAGAACAAAGACUAAAAUAAAAUCCCUGAAGUUAUUUGUCACCCCAGUCUGUUUGACUGGUUGCUAUGACUGCAGUUUUUUUUACUUGCAAAUGUUUUCUGUGAUUCAUAAAGAGGGGUGACUACAAAGUUCCUACAAACAUUUUGGCCCCUUCUGCACAACUGUUUGCAAUUCUCAAUCAUGUCCUAAUGGAAAAAGAGAGAAUUUUAAAAUCACUUUCCCAAAUAGAGAUUUCUUAACCUCGUUAUUUUGGUGUUAAUCUAUGCUGAUUUAAGAAAAAAUAACUUAUUAUAGAAAUUAUGACAUGGGAACCUAAUUUGUGCCCAAAAACCCACAACAAGGAAAUAAUUUUUACCAUGUUUUCAUCAGUCUGUUUUAAUUCGGCUGCUAUUAAACUUUGGUCUUGUGCUGAAGAUGAACUCCAGAACCUUUAGCUAAGCUCAUAGGUUCUUUUUAUGAUUUGAUGCACAGUUAAUCCAGACGGUCUUGACCUCUGCAGAUGUGGCAUGUCAGCAAGUAAGAUUAAAUAAUAAUCAUCUGUAAAAAUCUUAUUUUUUUAAAUAAAAAAUAAAUAACAAAAAAACACAAGCUCAAAAGAGUUUCCAAAGUAGCGUAGUUGGAGCCUACAAGGACUUUUUAAAUACUCUGCAAAUUGUCUUGCACUGUGGGUCUUUAGGCAUCAAAUAAAAAGCCUGCAUUUAAUUUUAAAAUUGUAUCUUUUCUUUCUGUAACAUUUUUCCCAUUGCAAACACAAAGACGCUACAUUUCAUAUAAUGCCAAUAGUAUUUGAACACUUGGAACGUGUUUAUGUAUGGUAUCAAAUUUUCUUACUCAAUCAAACAUUUGAAUGCUAUGGUAAAUGGUGUCAUAGGUGAUAUUUGAGAGCCUGGAUUAUUAUGAUGAUGAUUAUUAUUAUUAUUGUUAUUAUUAUUAUUAUUAUUUUUUUCAUAGGUUUUGGUGCCUUUCUUGCAUGUUUAUUGAACAAUAGUGUAUAAAAUUACAGCAAGACUUUACAAAAAUAUAGUCAUGACAAUCACGAUGAAUGAAUAAAUACAGUACUUCAAGA